CGUCUCUCAGUUCGAAUUGAAAACGUCAAACACCUCGCCGGUCACACUGAUUAAGAAAAAUAUCUUUUAUGUCUAGGAGCUUAGUGAAACUUAAACGUUAAUUUUGUGUUUGCAGAAAAAAUAAACAUUAAUAAAUUUACAAGAAGUGUUGUAAAGUAUCUAAAAAUGGAAGGGCUAGAAUUAGUUUCAUCAAACAAGAUAUUUGGAGGGUUUCAAAAGGUAUACUCCCAUCAAUCAACCGAAUUGCAAUGCAAAAUGAACUUUUCAAUCUAUAUGCCACCUCAAGCUGAAGGCGGUGAUGUUAAGUUGCCGGUUAUCUAUUAUCUGUCUGGACUUACUUGCAAUGAACAAAAUUUUAUUACAAAGUCAGGUUUCCAAAGGUAUGCGGCUGAAAAUGGCAUUAUUGUUGUCGGACCUGAUACAUCUCCGAGAGGCGUUAAAGUUCCUGGUGAUGAUGAAUCCUGGGAUUUUGGUGUAUCAGCUGGUUUUUACCUGGAUGCUGCAAAAGAUCCAUGGUCCAAAAAUUACAGAAUGGGCAGCUACUUGACUAAGGAAUUGUAUGACCUUGUCCUUCAGGCAUUUAGUAACAAUGUUGAUCCUACUAGAAUUGGGAUAAUGGGACACAGUAUGGGAGGACAUGGAGCUUUGGUGUCUGUAUUAAGAAACCCUGGUCUAUAUAAAUCAGUCAGUGCAUUUGCACCAAUAUGUAACCCUACUAAAUGUCCAUGGGGUGAAAAGGCUUUUACUGGUUAUUUAGGGGAAGAUAAAAGCCAAUGGGUAGAAUGGGAUGCAACUGAACUUGUUAAGAAAUAUGAUGGACCUCCGCUAACUUUGCUCAUUGAUCAGGGUGCUGGUGACAAAUUUUACAUUGAGAAACAAUUGCUACCUGAAAACUUAGUGGAGGCUUGUCGGUCUGUUGGUGUACCAAUCAUUUUGAACCUACGUGAAGGCUAUGACCAUUCUUACUAUUACAUCUCUACAUACAUUGGAGAGCAUUUUGAUUUUCAUGCUAAAAUACUUAAAGCUUAGAUUGAACCAUAUUUAUAUCACUAGCCUAACAAAUCAAUUGCAUGGUUUGUUAAAAAAAAAAUACUUCAUAGCCAUAUAGUAGUUUGUUAAGGCUACAAGCCUAUUUUAAUAACAGAUUUACAUAAUAUUUAUUUCCAUUGUGUAUAUACAUAACUUUUUUUCUAUUAAAGGUGCAUUUAUAAAAUAUUUUUAUGAAUAAAUGUUUUUUAUUAU